CACUGAACAGAGCACCCAUCACCACUUCCUCUUCUUAAUAUAGUUCUAAGAGGAAGAAGAGAAGUCGAGACAGCAAGAAGAGCACCGUUGAUUUGCACCGACUUCAUUGCAUCUCGGUUCCUGUAAAAUACUGGACUUUACUCAUCAGUGACUCCAAUCUGUUCAUCCAUCCACACAAACUCCUGCUCUCCUUGGCAAAACAAACAAUAUAUCAACAUGAACGGCCUGCUGUGUUGUGCUGAAAUUCUGGCCGUGUUGCUGUUUAUCCCGUGGACUUUGUGUUAUCAAACAACACAACAUCAACCAAAUACUGAGGCUUCGACCACCUCUACUGAAUCAACAAAUUCUGGGAGGUCACCCGAGAACGCAACCAUCGGUGGUAGCGCCACAACUCUGACCACCCCUAAAACCACCACACCUACCACCACCACCCCUACCACUGCCAAAACAUGGACAUUUUUUAAUGUAAUAGAGAACACCUAUGCCAAGAUAGUGCUGCUCGUAGCCUGCCCCAUCCUGCUGAUUUCUACCCUGGCACUUGCAUGCAAGGUGUGCCAGCUGAGAAGACGCCUCAAGGCGACAGGCGGCGACUCUGAGUACUGGAUGGGGAUGGACAAGACUAGUAAAGCCGAGUCACAACCAGAACCUAAAGAAAACAGUCUCCUGCUGACAGAGAACGGUCAAACGACUAAGGAGAGCGAUAUCGACGCCGCUAAGGAGGAUGGAGGGAAGGUCGAUGAGGUUAAGCAACAGGGAGACGAGAAGGAGGUGGGAGACUCUCAGAAGGGUGAGGGGGCCGCUACGGCUGCAGCCCCAGAGGAAAGCUCUCCUCCUUCAAAGCCGGCAGAGGAGACCACCAGCUCGGAGCCCACCAAAGAUCCUCCGCCGCCUUCCUCCUCUGAAAACACAGAGGAACCUAAAAAAGAUCCGUAAGGUUUUCUACACGAGUUUCCAUUUCAACGCAACUUAGCAGUCGUUUUCACCAGCUUCUUAGUUCCUUUAAACUAAACAUUUAUGCAUGUAAUUCUAACCCAUCAGACUGCAUAUUUGUCCAUGUAUCUUACAUUUUUCUUUGCUUGCAUAUUUUUUGUCAUGU